AAACAAAGUAACGGGAAGAUUUAUUCCAUCCUAAUGGCUGCUUCUUUCUCCCCUCCGACUGUAACUAUGUUACAUUACUCGCUGGAGAUACGUACAGUAUUGCUCUAACUUGCUUGCCUCAACCUCGUUCCCAAGCCAUUUUGCCUUGUUGAUGAAGUUGUUGGCCACUCCGCAAUAACGGCUCAGGGGCCACAAGACCGUGGGGACGAAGAUGUUGCUUGCCUGCCACAAGUUGCUAAAUGGUUGUCAAAAUCAACUUUUUUAAUACUGUCUUGUGUACGAUAGCUGUGUUUAUCAUUUACUCCUGCUUGCCGAUUAUGAACUCGACAACGACAUCACCAUCGAGCACAUCUACCUCCUUUACGUCGUUUGCCACGGGCGCAUCUACCACAGCCUCUUCGACAGGUGUUGCUAUGGCAACAAUUUCAUCAGCAACAGGCGCCACAAUGUCAACGUCGAGAUGUGCUACAGCUAUUGCGUCUUCCGUCGGAGUUGGCGUAGCAACAAAUACUACAGCAUCCGUCGGAGUUGGCAUAGCAACAAAUACUGCAGCAUCCGUCGGAGUUGGCGUAGCGACCAAUUCUGCAGCAGCCACUGCAGCAUCCAUUGCAGCAUCCACAUCAAUGAUACCACAAUGUGAUUUCUGGAUGAGGGUAGGCUUAAUGUUGCAGUUAUGCGUGAAGUCUGCACUUGUUUGGAUACUGCACAACUACCAUAACGAUCCUACCUACACGGGACUACCUGACAAUGAAGUUGCAUUGUUCAACCGGAUGGCAAGUUUUAAGAAUAAUUAUCAAAGUGAACUAAAAUCAAUUGUCAAGCCUGAUCAAUGGCUCGUUCUCUGCCCUCCAACUGGUAAAUCAAACGCAAAGGAUUGGGAUAUAACAUUGAUCAUUAUCGUUAUUUGUUACGAAACAAAACUCUCUCCUCCGCAGGGUGGAUGGAAAAAAAAGGUACCACGUCCUGGUGACCAAAGUAAAGCCGCAUUUUGUUUACGUGCGCGAGAGCUGCGCAAUAACUUUAACCAUGGGAGUAUCAAUAACAUUUUAACGCAUGCGCAAUUCAUUUCUUACGUCAAAACAAUUGACUCCGUUUUAAAUGGCUUAUGCUACAACAACAUAUCUCUAUUUCACGACUUGGAAACAGGAACCUUGAAAAUGUACACAGGUCAAAUCGUGAAAACAUUGGAAACGAAACUCUCUUGUUUGGAACAGUUCGUGAGCGAUAUGGAGAUACAAAAAGUUGACGACAACACCAAAAGAAUUGCUGCUGCAGAAACCAAUGUGCUUGAUCAUUCUAAACAGCUUUCUCUACUUCAAAUCGAGGCGAAAUCCGUACGUAUAUCAACAACGGAUUUACACACAGCUAGCGAAGUCAAUAGCAUUGUCAUGGAUAAUUUAUCUGGUGAAGUCAGAGACCUUUUAUCUGACAUUUCACUUACAAAGAGCAAUGUAUCCGUUUUGGAAAAAAAGUUUAAUAUUAGUAGCAUUAGUAUCAACAACCUCCAAUCCGAUUUUCAUGUCAUGAGAAAUUGGAUUUCCAUGUUGGAAAAUGGAAAGAUAGACGGUAACACAUUACGUGUUAAUCAACUUCAACGAAGCGUAACUUACACGCAAUCUGGUGUCGACUUCAUUGUAGCUGAUGUAACGUUGCUGAAACAGAAAUUGACCACCAUUGAAAACGACUUCAAUUGGAAGAUGAAUGCUACUGAGUUUUCACGAUUGCUUUUUGCAUGUAUUGAAGAGUACGAUGAGAAAAAGAUUGAAAGGUUUCGACAAUUAUGUGUGUCGUUUAAGUUGGUCCAAGAGGACGACAAACUCGAAAUUUUUAAGGAUUUUGGUGAGGCUAUUGAAGAAAAUGGAAAAAAUUUAUCCCAAAAUGUGCAAACGUUAAUUCAGAUCUUCGAAACUUUAAACCACCGCGAUGCUGUAGAAAAAUUGAAAACAUUCUAUCAAUGUUACUUCCCUGUGUCCUCCACUUCGAAAAGAAUUGUACAGUACGUGAAAAAAUUCAUCUCUUAUCUACCCAGCUUUAACAUCAAGAUUAUAUUUCUACUUGGCUUAUAUUUUCUUUACGCUGAACAAAUAUACGAGCAUUGGAGAUAUGCCUGGUGCACAUAUGGAACCAUUCGAGAUAGUCAGUUUUCAUUCUCUUUUAAAGGAAUUCGUGAUCCAUAUCAACUUAAUUAUGUUUGGGGCAACGUUGAAUUUGAUUGGAACAGUUAUCAGCAUUACUUUCUAACAAUUAAACCUCACUCAAACAAAAACAUGCACUAUUUCCUUAACACAAACAGAUGCAUUCUGGGUAACGUAAGAGAUGUUGGGAAUUCGUUCACAGGUAAGAAACCGGUCAGAGGAGCGGAAAUAUUUGCAGUUCCAGGUUGUUGCACCGAAGUUUGGUUCCAUGAUGACAACAACGGAUAUUGGAAGAAAUACAUUUCCGCCACGAAUAUUAGCUGUACAAAGUUGGGAAAGAAAAAACAUACUCCGAACGAAUUAUAAGACACGUAUCAUAUCAUUCAGAUAGUGAAACUGGAACAAGUACUGGUUUUAGCAUACCAUACUGGUUUUAUAGAAUUUAUAAAGAUGUAUCAUAUUGAUGCUUAAAAUUAGUAAUUGAAGAAUGUACACUUUCCAGAUAAUGUUUUUUAAACUUUACUUUUAUAUUUUUGUUGUUUUUGUUAUUUUUGUUGUUUUUGUUGUUUUUGUUGUUGUCGUUGUUGCUUUCUUCAUUUUACAUUUUAAUCAUUGAAUACAGGGGAAAUUCUUGUGUAAUUUUUAACGAAAUCUUAA